UAGAUCUCUCACUGAUUCACCGAUUCUGAUACUCAUACUGAUUCACCACCAUCUCCAUUGCAAACUUCUAGCUGUGAGCUAGUGGUGCCACACUCCUCCUCUCUCAUCACUCUGUUUUUUCAGAAAUCUAGCAGCCGAUCACCGCAGCGCAGAUUGUUUUUGUCUUCGUCUGUGACUUGUCAAUACUUUGCGCAUUCAAUUGCCAGAUGCUCCUAGGCAUCGAUUUCUAUCGGUUUUCUUCUUUGGAUAUUGGCAUCGCUAAGGAUUAUCAUGGUUAAUGAUCUUUUGUUGGUUGCUGGGGCUUCAAACGGGGUGUUGCUCGCCUUUAGGGAGCUGUCCGUGUUGGAAUUAGCGUCAGUUUGCAUCAACCUGACGCUGCUUCUUGUGUUGCUGUUCAUUGAAUCUGCGAGGUGUGUUGCCGUGUGUUGUGGCGGGACUCGGCUGUGGAAGGACAACUUGGAUGGGAGUGCUGUGGAUAUUAGCCAGAAUGGAGUUGCGGAUGGCGAGGAAGUUCGUGACGUUGUGAUUGGUAAAAGAUACAAAGCUUCCGCGUCGUGCUGCUUUUAUGUUUUGUUAGUUUAUGUUUUCGUAUUGGUGUAUGAUGGAAUUGGUCUGAUACGAGAGGGUGCACAAGGCGAGAGUGGAAAUUCUGCUUGGACUGUCCUAUUGCUGCCUGCAGCUCUAAGUUUAGCUUGGUUCGUGCUGAGCUUUUCGGUUCUUUAUUGUAAAUACAAGGCUGCUGAGAAAUGUCCAUUGUUGUUGAGAGUUUGGUGGAUUGCAUCUUUUAUUAUAUGCCUGUGUAUGUUGUGUGCUGAUGGUAAAGGAUUUCUUGAAGAAGGAUCAGACCAAUUGGAUUCUCAUGUUUUAGCAAACAUUAUUGUUACUCCAGCUUUUGCUUUUCUGUGUUUUGUUGCUGCUGGGGGUGCUACUGGUAUCCAAAUCAGUAGUAACUCUGGUCUUCAAGAGCCAUUGCUGCUCGAAGAAGAAGCAGGGUGUCUUAAGGUUACUCCUUACAGUGAAGCUGGGCUUUUCAGUUUGAUCUCACUUUCAUGGCUGGACCCACUUCUUUCAAUUGGUGCAAAGAGGCCACUGGAGCUGAAGGAUAUCCCGUUGCUUGCACCAAAAGACCGUUCCAAGGCCAAUUACAAGAUAUUGAACUCAAGUUGGGAGAAACUGAAAGCAGAGAAUCCCCGGAAACCGCCUUCUCUAGCUUGGGCUAUUCUCAAGUCUUUCUGGAAAGAAGCUUGGCGCAAUGGAAUAUUUGCUGGGCUGAACACUUUGGUGUCUUAUGUCGGACCAUAUAUGAUUAGUUACUUUGUGGACUACCUAUGUGGAAAGCAGAGUUACCCAAAUGAGGGUUAUGUUCUUGCUGGAAUUUUAUUUGCUGCAAAGUUGGUGGAGACUAUUACAACCCGACAGUGGUAUCUUGGGGUUGAUAUUAUGGGUAUGCAUGUUAGAUCAGCCCUCACAGCAAUGGUAUACCGGAAAGGCCUAAGACUUUCUAGCUCAGCUAGGCAAAAUCACACCAGUGGAGAGAUCGUCAAUUACAUGGCUGUGGAUGUUCAGAGAGUAGGGGAUUUUGCUUGGUAUCUGCAUGACAUAUGGAUGCUUCCUCUCCAGAUUAUCCUUGCUCUUGCAAUUCUGUACAAGAAUGUUGGAAUUGCUUCACUUGCCACUCUCAUUGCCACUGUUGUAUCCAUUAUUGCAACUGUUCCAGUGGCAAGGAUUCAGGAAAGCUAUCAAGACAAGUUGAUGGCAGCCAAGGACGAUAGGAUGAGAAAGACUUCAGAAUGCCUCAGGAACAUGAGGAUUUUGAAAUCGCAGGCUUGGGAGGAUAGGUACCGUUUGAUUCUAGAAGAAAUGCGGACAGUGGAAUUCAAGUAUCUGCAGAAAGCCCUUUACUCUCAGGCUUUCAUCACUUUUAUAUUCUGGAGCUCCCCUAUAUUUGUGUCAGCUAUUACAUUUGGGACGUGCAUUUUGUUAGGAGGUCAGCUCACAGCUGGCAGUGUUCUUUCUGCUCUGGCUACUUUCCGGAUCCUGCAAGAACCACUUAGAAAUUUUCCUGACUUGGUAUCUAUGUUGGCACAGACUAAAGUCUCCCUAGAUCGGAUCUCUGGAUUCUUGCAGGAGGAAGAGCUUCCUGAAGAUGCAAUCACUACUUUGCCAAGAGGCAUUUCAAAUGUGGCCAUCGAAAUAAAAAAUGGGGACUUUUGUUGGGAUCAGUCUUCGCCUACCUCUACCCUUUCCAAUAUACAUAUCAAGGUAGAGAAGGGAAUGCGUGUUGCUGUUUGUGGUGUGGUUGGUUCAGGGAAGUCGAGCUUCCUUUCUUGCAUCCUUGGUGAGAUUCCAAAAAUCUCUGGUGAAGUUCGAAUUUGCGGAUCUGCAGCCUAUGUCUCUCAGUCUGCUUGGAUUCAAUCAGGCAACAUAGAAGAAAAUAUCCUCUUCGGAAGUCCCAUGGACAAGGCAAAGUACAAGAGUGUUAUUCAUGCAUGUUCGUUGAAGAAAGACCUGGAGUUAUUUUCGCAUGGUGAUCAAACCAUUAUUGGUGAUAGAGGGAUAAAUCUUAGUGGUGGUCAGAAGCAACGUGUGCAACUUGCUAGGGCACUGUAUCAAGAUGCUGAUAUUUAUUUGCUUGAUGAUCCCUUCAGUGCUGUUGAUGCACAUACAGGCUCAGAAUUAUUUAAGGAAUAUAUACUCACGGCCCUAGCUGCAAAAACUGUUGUUUUUGUCACCCAUCAAGUCGAGUUUUUGCCUGCCGCUGACUUGAUUUUGGUUAUGAAAGAAGGUCAGAUUAUUCAAGCUGGAAUUUAUGAUGAACUCUUGCAAGCAGGGACGGAUUUUAAUACAUUGGUAGAGGCUCAUCAUGAAGCAAUUGAGGCGAUGGAUUUUUGCAACCUUGUUUCUGAAGAAUCUGAUGAAAAUGAUAAUCUUAAGUCUCUUGUCACAGUUGAAAUGCCCAAUUCAGCUAGUAUUACUGGCUUGGCAAAGGAAGUCCAAGAAGGUGUAUCCUCAUCAGAACAGAAAGCAAUUAAAGAGAAAAAGAAAGCUAAACGUUCAAGGAAAAAGCAGCUCGUCCAGGAUGAGGAGCGGGAGCGGGGAAGAGUCAGCAUGAAAGUGUAUUUGUCAUAUAUGACAGCUGCAUAUAAGGGUUUAUUGAUUCCAUUGAUUAUUCUUGCCCAAACAAUGUUUCAGGUCCUUCAAAUAGCUAGUAGUUGGUGGAUGGCUUGGGCAAAUCCACAGACUGUAGGGGAUGAGCCCAAAACCGGUAGCAUGAUGCUUAUUGGUGUUUAUAUGGCACUUGCCUUUGGAAGCUCAUGGUUCAUAUUUAUCAGGGCUGUUCUUGUUGCUACAUUUGGUCUUGCAGCUGCACAAAAAUUAUUUCUGAAAAUGCUCAGAACAGUAUUUCGGGCACCAAUGUCUUUCUUUGACUCUACUCCUUCUGGACGAAUACUGAAUCGUGUGUCGAUUGAUCAAAGUGUUGUUGAUCUCGAUAUUCCAUUCAGACUUGGUGGCUUUGCUGCGACAACCAUUCAACUUCUUGGUAUUAUUGGUGUAAUGACACAAGUAACCUGGGUAGUUUUGCUUCUUGUUAUCCCAAUGGCAAUUGCUUGCGUGUGGAUGCAGAAGUACUACAUGGCUUCAUCCAGAGAACUUGUCCGCAUAGUUAGUAUCCAGAAGUCUCCAAUAAUUCAUCUUUUUGCUGAAUCUAUUGCUGGAGCUGCUACAAUCAGAGGGUUUGGGCAAGAAAAGAGAUUCAUGAAGAGGAAUCUAUAUCUUCUUGAUUGCUUUGCUCGUCCAUUCUUUUGCAGUGUUGCAGCUAUUGAAUGGCUUUGUUUGCGCAUGGAAUUGUUGUCCACAUUUGUGUUUGCCUUUUGUGUAGUCUUGCUUGUUAGCUUACCAGCUGGAAGUAUAGAUCCAAGUAUGGCCGGCCUUGCAGUGACAUAUGGCCUCAAUAUGAAUAAUCGCUUAUCCCGAUGGAUACUCAGCUUUUGCAAGCUUGAAAACAAAAUUAUAUCAAUAGAAAGGAUUCAUCAAUACUGUCAUAUACCUAACGAAGCACCUUCAGUUAUUGAAGACUCACGACCCCCAUCUUCAUGGCCUGAAAAUGGCACAAUUCAACUAAUUGAUUUAAGGAUUCGUUACAAGGAGAGUCUUCCUGUCGUGCUCCAUGGUGUCUCCUGCAUAUUUCCAGGUGGAAAGAAAAUUGGAAUUGUUGGGCGUACUGGAAGUGGUAAAUCUACCAUGAUCCAGGCUCUGUUUAGGUUGAUAGAGCCAGAAGGGGGUAGAAUAAUUAUAGAUAAUAUUGACAUUUCAACAAUCGGUCUUCAUGACCUCAGGAACAGGCUGAGCAUCAUUCCCCAGGACCCAACAUUAUUUGAAGGAACUAUCAGAGACAAUCUAGACCCACUUGCGGAGCAUCCAGAUCAAGAUAUUUGGCAGGCACUUGAUAAAUCACAGCUAGGGGAUGUUGUUCGUCAAAAAGAGCAAAAGCUUGACACGCCUGUUCUAGAAAAUGGAGACAACUGGAGUGUGGGCCAGCGACAGCUGGUAUCACUCGGUAGAGCUUUACUCAAACAGGCGAGAAUUCUGGUGCUUGAUGAGGCAACAGCCUCAGUUGACUCUGCAACAGAUAACCUAAUCCAAAAGAUAAUAAGAUCAGAAUUUAAAGACUGCACUGUUUGUACAAUUGCUCAUCGUAUCCCAACUGUAAUUGACAGCGACAUGGUUUUGGUCCUCAGUGAUGGUCGGGUUGCAGAGUAUGACACUCCAGCACGACUGUUAGAGGACAAAUCGUCCAUGUUCCUUAAGCUGGUGUCAGAAUACUCAUCACGGUCCAGUGGUGUUCCAGAUUUCUGAUACUAGUCAUCCGCUCGAUGUCCUGUCUAUGAACAUGCAUUCUCCACUCCACGUGCUUUCUUUCACUCUCAGCUGCUACUGAUGAUCCAGCAGGCUGAAGAGCCGGUGGCAGGUGGCCUACCAUCUGGCGAGUUUAGAAACGAAUUGUAGUCGGACUCCAACGAGAACCGCAGCAUUGUUGUUUCGGGACGCAGAAGGGGGUGGGUGGGGGUAAGUACCGCAUUCGGAGGUUUUGGUAGGCUAAGGUGAAUAGUGAUGACCAAGUAAAAGAAGAGAGCAUGAUGACCAAGUAAAAGAAGAGAGCAGCUGCAUAUUUGUACUUAGCUAGAGCUAGUUUUUUUUUUUCUCCUUGUUGUUGAAGUGAAGGAACAUUUGUGUAGGUGUAAGGAAGAAAAUUGUGGUCAUCUUAUUUCAUUAUUGUGUCCUUGUUGAUUGAAUUAAGGUUACCCCACGAAUGUGUAUUUAUGAAUUUGAUUGUGUGGUA